UGUUGUAUCAGUAACUGGUUUAUCAAAAAACAAUUGGUUCAAAGAUCAAUUUAAGCUAGACUUAGUUGAAGAAUUUUUAUAGUUUGACUGAUUGUUCAAGUGUCAUAGAAUCUUGUCAAAAUGAGCAACCAAAAGACUGUGCCGAGUGCAGUAAACUUCCUUAUUGGUGGAACUGCAGGAAUGGCUGCAACAUGUUUUGUCCAACCAUUAGAUCUGAUAAAAAAUCGAAUGCAAUUAAGUGGUACAAAAACAUCUACAAUGAGCAUAGUAUCUUCUAUAGUUAAAAGAGAGGGUUUCCUAGCUUUUUAUACAGGUUUAUCUGCUGGUUUAUUACGUCAGGGUACAUAUACAACAGCAAGACUUGGUACUUACGCAUGGCUGUCUGAAAAUGCCUCAAAGGACAGUCAACCAAGCGUGCUUAUAAAAGCAUUGAUGGGUAGUGCUGCUGGUUGUGUAGGAGCAUUUGUAGGUACUCCAGCUGAAGUAGCUUUGAUUAGAAUGACCGCUGAUGGCAGAUUACCUCUUGCUGAAAGACGCAAUUACAAAAAUGUAUUUAAUGCCUUGGUUCGCAUAGUUAGAGAAGAAGGUGUUUUAGCAUUAUGGAGAGGUACCAUUCCAACAAUGGGAAGGGCUAUGGUUGUAAAUGCAGCUCAGUUAGCAUCAUAUUCUCACACUAAAGAGGUUUUACUCAAUAAUGGCUAUUUUCAGGAGGGUAUUACAUUGCACUUUGUAAGCUCCAUGAUUUCUGGUUUAGUAACAACUGCUGCUUCUAUACCAGUUGAUAUUGCUAAAACAAGAAUACAAAAUAUGAAAGUUGUGGAUGGUAAACCAGAGUUCAAAGGUACAAUAGAUGUUAUAGUACGGGUUUGUCGAAAUGAGGGAUUGCUUUCAUUGUGGAAAGGCUUUUUUCCUUACUAUGCUCGUUUAGGUCCACAUACUGUUUUGACAUUUAUUUUCUUGGAACAAAUGAACGCAAUGUACAAAACUUAUUUUGCUUAACCAUGAAUGGGAUUUAAACUUGAGACAUGUAUACAUAGUAAAUUGGCACCUGCAAAAAUAUUCCAGUCACUUAUUGGCCUACUUAGUUUACACUUGACCAUAUGGUCAAUUCUCCAAAAUACACAUGCACAUUUAUAAAGUACCUUUUACUUGUUCAGUACAGUUCAUAUUAUUUGUUAUUACUAUAUCGUUUUUACACACACUCAUGCAAUUUCUAUUUAUAAAUUAUCUGUACA